UUUUUUUUUUUCAGUUAUCAAUCUAUCUUGAAAGCAUUAGAAAUCCUAAAGAAUCAAAUGACAAAAGCGACAACAGAUAUUGCAACAUUAGAAUCUUUGAAAAGUCAAGCUAUUGAAGAUCCAUAUACUUUCAUUGACAGCUUGAAAUCAAAAUCAAAAAGUAAAGUCCCUAAAUUACAAAAAGUGAUUAGUGUACCAAGUAUCGAUUGGAAUAAAUACAGAUUUUUACCUGAAUCAAGGCUUGUACAACAGAAUACAGCCAUAAGCAAUUUAACACAGCAAUUCAGUUAUCAAAGUAUUUUGGAUACAACCAUGGCAACAGAAUAUACCUCACAACCUCCUACACCUGUUGCUAAAAAUCUUCAACAAGAAUUAGCUAAAGCAACCCAAGCUUUACGUCAAAUUCCUUCACAAACUAAUUCAGUUUCGGAUUUUUCUGAAGACGAAGAUAAUGAGAUGCCAACUACCAGUAGUAAUAAAACUACACCUUUUUCAAAUCGAACGAUUGCAGGAAAAGGUAAAGGAAAGACAAGAAGAACAUCUAUGGUACAGAUAGGUACAGAAAAAGACUUGCAGGCAAGCUCUGAAACAGAAAGACUUCAAUCAAUUGAACCUCGUACACCUGAUGAAAACAGUCCGAUCAAUUUAAAUUCAGAUGAUCCAAAUUAUACGCCUACUUUUAAGCAACCAUGGACAGAUGAAGAACAAAAACGUUUACAAGAAUUAUUAAUUAUAUAUCCUGAUGAACCAGUUCAAGCACAAAGAUUUAAUAAAAUAUCAAAAGCUUUAGGUACACGUACACCAAGACAAGUAGCAAGUCGAGUACAAAAAUAUUUUAUUAAACUAGCUAAAUUGGGAUUACCUGUCCCUGGUCGAAUUACGAUUCCUCCUUCCUGUAUGCCUAAAAGUGAAAAAGGUAAUCACAAGUCAAAAACGAAGCAUAAAUCAAAAGGUCGAGUCACAAAAGCAUCUUCAACACCACCCAUGUUACGUACUUCAGGUGUAGGUUAUAAUAGUAUGAUCUCUGGUGGUUUAACGAAUACACGAAUAUCAGGAGCUCAUUAUGCUAUAACACAAGGUCCUCCUGCUAUAUUUAUGUCUGAUGAUGAAGAAGAUUCUAGUGUAAAGGAGAUGAUGCGAACUGUUAAUAAUGCUAAUGGAAAAGGAACAGAAGCAAAUAAUGAUAUUAUAAUUCAUGAGGGUUAUGCAUGUGACGGAUGUGGUACAGAGCCUAUUGUAGGUGUCCGAUAUAAAUGCACAGUAUGUGAUAUUAGUGAAGAAGUUGACCUAUGCAGUAGUUGUAUGGAAAAAGGAACCUUUACAAAUGGUAUCUAUAGAUUUAUAUCUAUUUAUCUAUAA